CCGGCUCGCUGGAAAGCAAUCUAAGUUCCUACUGCUUAUUUUGCAUGUGGAGAGCUCUUCCACGAUCUAGCCUUUAGCCAGGGAACGUCUUUCAGUAUGGGAGUAAAAGGAAGCUAAACUAUAAAAUAGUCUUGCUGCGAUGUUCCGGGCUAUCUGAGAUCCAAAGGUCUACACCGGCUUCAAGAAGAGAGUACGAUAUUCUAACAUCGCAAAAGAAAACAGAUAACGCACCAGGCUCACUUGCAACCGAAGUAUGAAGCCUAAAGAAUUGUUAAAGCAACAUGGAGACAUGAGGACGCCAGCCGUGUAGGAAGCUGGCCUUCCUGAGGGAUGAAGAGGAUCCGCUGGCUCACCCCAAAACCUGCGAGCUUUGUGGUCCUUGGGUGCGUAUGGAUUUCCGUGGCGCAGGGUACCAUUCUGAGCAGCUGCCUAACGUCCUGUGCAACUAACUUGGGCAGGCAGCUUGACAGUGGCACCCGGUACAAUCUGAGUGAAGCAUGCAUCCAAGGAUGUCAGUUUUGGAACUCUAUAGAUCAGGAGAAGUGUGCUUUGAAGUGUAAUGAUACAUAUAUCACCAUUUGUGAGAGGGAGUCCUGUGAGGUCGGCUGCAGCAACGCGGAGGGUAGCUACGAAGAGGAAGUGCUGGAAAACACAGAGCUUCCUACAGCACCCUUCGCAUCUUCCAUCGGAAGUAAUGGUGUGACAUUACGAUGGAACCCUGCCAACAUCUCUGGAGUAAAAUACAUCAUUCAGUGGAAAUACGCCCAACUUCCAGGAAGCUGGACUUACACGGAAACUGUGUCCAAGCUCUCAUACACGGUGGAGCCCCUGCAUCCAUUUACUGAAUAUAUUUUUCGAGUGGUUUGGAUUUUCACAGCCCAGCUGCACCUUUAUUCCCCGCCAAGUCCCAGUUACAGGACGCAUCCUUACGGAGUACCAGAAACUGCGCCUUUCAUCACGAACAUCGAAAGCUCGAGCCCUGACACUGUGGAGGUCAGCUGGGCUCCACCCUAUUUCCCAGGUGGACCUAUUUUGGGUUAUAAUUUAAGGCUGAUCAGUAAAACUCAAAAAUUAGAUUCAGGGACACAGAGAACCAGUUUCCAGUUUUAUUCUACUCUUCCAAACACCACUUACAGGUUUUCUAUCGCAGCAGUCAAUGAAGUCGGUGAGGGGCCAGAAGCAGAAUCUAUGAUUACCACUCCAUCCCCAGCAGUUCAAGAAGAAGAACAAUGGCUCUUUUUAUCCAGAAAAACUUCUCUAAGAAAGAGGUCUUUGAAGUACUUAGUGGACGAAGCACAUUGCCUUUGGUCAGAUGCUAUACGUCAUAAUAUUACAGGAAUAUCAGUCAACACUCAGCAGGAAGUGGUUUAUUUCUCAGAAGGAACCAUCAUAUGGAUGAAGGGGGCUGCUAACAUGUCUGAUGUGUCUGACCUGAGGAUCUUUUACCGAGGCUCAGCACUAGUCUCUUCUAUCUCUGUAGACUGGCUUUACCAAAGGAUGUAUUUCAUCAUGGAUAAACGGGUGUAUGUCUGUGACUUAAAGCAUUGCUCAAAUCUUGAGGAAAUCACUCCAUUCUCUAUUGUUGCACCUCAAAAAGUUGUGGUUGAUUCCUACAAUGGGUAUGUCUUUUAUCUCCUAAGAGACGGCAUUUAUAGAGUCCAUCUUCCUUUGCCGUCUGUCAGGGACACCAAAGCCGUGCGUAUUGUGGAGAGUGGCACAUUAAAGGACUUCGCAGUAAAGCCGCAGUCCAAGCGAAUCAUUUACUUCAAUGGCACCAUGCAAGUCUUCAUGUCAACAUUUCUGGAUGGCUCGGCGUUCCACAGGGUCCUGCCGUGGGUCCCCCUUGCGGAUGUGAAGAGCUUUGCUUGCGAAAACAAUGACUUCCUCAUCACAGAUGGCAAGGCCAUUUUCCAGCAGGACUCUCUGUCUUUCAAUGAGUUCAUUGUGGGAUGUGACCUGAGUCACAUAGAAGAAUUCGGGUUUGGUAACUUGGUCAUCUUUGGCUCCUCCGUCCAGUCGUACCCUCUGCCAGGCCAUCCACAGGAGGUCUCGGUGCUGUUUGGUUCUCGAGAGGCCCUUAUUCAGUGGAAGCCUCCUAGUCUCGCCAUAGGAGCCAGUCCUUCCGCCUGGCAGAACUGGACUUAUGAGGUCAAAGUUUCCUCCCAGGACAUUCUGGAAACCACUCAAGUUUUCCUGAACAUAAGCAGGACUGUGCUGAAUGUACCUAAGCUGCAAAGUUCUACAAAGUACAUGGUGUCUGUGAGAGCAAGUUCUCCUAAAGGUCCAGGCCCAUGGUCAGAACCCUCAGUGGGUACUACCUUGGUACCAGCCACUGAGCCACCGUUCAUCAUGGCUGUGAAAGAAGACGGGCUUUGGAGCAAACCACUCAGUAGUUUUGGCCCAGGAGAGUUCCUAUCCUCUGACGUAGGAAACGUGUCAGAUAUGGAUUGGUAUAACAACAGCCUCUACUACAGUGACACAAAAGGCAAUGUGUAUGUGCGGCCUCUGAAUGGGAUGGAUAUCUCGGAGAAUUACCACAUACCCAGCAUUGCAGGAGCUUGUGCCUUGGCCUUUGAAUGGCUGGGUCACUUUCUCUACUGGGCUGGGAAGACAUAUGUGAUUCAAAGGCAGUCUGUGUUAACCGGACACACAGACAUUGUGACUCACGUGAAGCUGUUGGUGAAUGACAUGGCCGUGGAUCCAGUUGGUGGCUAUCUGUAUUGGACGACGCUCUACUCAGUUGAAAGCACCAGACUCAAUGGAGAAAGUUCUCUUGUACUACAGGCUCAGCCCUGGCUCUCUGGAAAAAAGGUUAUUGCUCUAACAUUAGACCUCAGUGAUGGGCUCCUAUACUGGCUGGUGCAGGACAAUCAGUGUAUUCACCUGUACACAGCUGUUCUCCGAGGAUGGAGUGGUGCGGAUGCUACCAUCACCGAGUUUGCAGCCUGGAGUACUUCGGAAAUUUCCCAGAAUGCACUGAUGUACUACAGCGGUAGACUCUUCUGGAUCAAUGGCUUUAGGAUCAUCACAGCACAGGAAAUAGGUCAGAGGACCAGUGUGUCUGUUUCUGAGCCAGGGAAAUUCAAUCAGUUUACGAUCAUACAGACAUCCCUCAAGCCUCUGCCAGGGAACUUUUCCUCUACUCCCACGGUUAUCCCAGAUUCUGUUCAGGAGUCCUCAUUUCGAAUUGAAGGACACCCUUCAAGUUUCCGAAUCCUGUGGAAUGAGCCCCCUGCGGUGGACUGGGGCAUAGUUUUCUACAGUGUGGAAUUUAGUGCUCAUUCUAAGUUCCUGGCUAUUGAACAACAGUCUUUACCUGUUUUUACUGUGGAAGGACUGGAGCCCUAUGCCUUAUUUAAUCUUUCUGUCACUCCUUAUACCUAUUGGGGAAAAGGUCAAAAAACAUCUCUAUCAUUUCGAGCGCCUGAAUCAGUUCCGUCAGCACCAGAGAACCCCAGAAUAUUUAUAUUGUCACUUGGAAGAUACACCAGGAAGAAUGAAGUCGUGGUAGAGUUUAGGUGGAAUAAACCUAAGCAUGAAAAUGGAGUGCUAACCAAAUCUGAAAUCUUCUACCACAUAUCUAAACAAAGUGGCACAAAUAAAUCAACGGAAGACUGGGUAUCUGUCAGUGUUACACCGCCGGUGAUGUCUUUUCAACUUGAAGCCAUGAGUCCUGGGUAUAUUGUUUCCUUCCAGGUUCGAGUCUUCACCUCCAAAGGGCCAGGACCAUUUUCUGAUAUAGUGAUGUCUAAAACAUCAGAAAUCAAGCCAUGUCCAUAUCUCAUAUCUCUUCUUGGCAAUAAGAUUGAGUUCUUAGACAUGGACCAAAAUCAAGUUGUGUGGACAUUUUCCCUGGAGGGAGCCGUCAGCACAGUGGGGUACACGGCAGAUGAUGAAAUGGGGUAUUUCGCUCAAGGAGAUGCACUCUUCCUUCUGAAUUUGCACAAUCAUUCCAGCUCCAAGCUUUUCCAGGACGUGCCGGCUUCUGACAUUGCGGUUAUUGCUGUUGACUGGAUCGCAAGGCACCUCUACUUUGCUCUGAAAGCGUCGCAAGAUGGGACACAGAUAUUCGAUGUUGACCUUGAACACAAGGUGAAAUCCCCCAGGGAGGUGAAGAUUUGCAAAAGCCAUACAGCAAUAAUUUCUUUCUCUAUGUAUCCCCUCUUAAGUCGCCUGUAUUGGACAGAAGUUUCAGAUCUGGGCUACCAGAUGUUCUACUGCAAUAUUAGCAGUCACACCUUGCAUCACGUUCUACAACCCAAGGCCUCAAACCAGCACGGAAGGAGACAAUGUUCUUGUAAUGUGACAGAAUCCGAGUUAAGUGGGGCAAUGACUGUGGACACCUCUGAUCCAGACAGACCUUGGAUAUACUUUACCAAACAGCAAGAGAUCUGGGCCAUGGAUCUGGAAGGAUGUCAGUGUUGGAAAGUCAUCAUGGUACCUGCUACCCCUGCAGGAAAAAGAAUCAUUAGUUUAACAGUGGAUGGGGAGUUUAUAUAUUGGAUCACAACAAUGAAGGACGACACACAAAUUUAUCAAGCAAAGAAGGGAAGUGGGGCCAUCCUCUCCCAGGUGAAGGCCCCCAGGAGUAAGCAUAUCUUGGCUUACAGUUCAGCUCUGCAGCCUUUUCCAGGUAACAGAGUUGUCCACACAACAUGCUUGUUGCCCUGCAAGGGUGUCUGCCUGUCCCUCUAGUCUCUGUUUUAGGCUCUCACUUCUACCCCACAUUCUGUCAGACCCACCUGCUGUUUACCUUGACUAAUAAGUGCACACAGCUUGGACUGGAGUAGGCAGCAUUAGACAUGGGAGCCUAUGA